AGGCAGUGGGUGUGUAUGUGACUGGUUAGGGCAAGAAGCAUACAUUGCAUAAAUGGAAUUCAUACUACAGCCUUUGAAAAACUUAAAUUAAGCUUAAAGUCAGUUAUUUAUUUUUUGCAUUACCAGUGCGACCAUGCUCUUGUUUAACCCAUUGUGGACUAAGGUGCCCUAUAGAAAACUUAUAGAAAGGCCAAGGAAUUGCAAUGCAUUUCAACAGUCGCGUCUUAUGAUCAAAUGCAACGCUAACAUCGCAUCUGUCUGUUAAGGGAGAUGUCAUGAGCAGGUCGCAUCCAUCUGUUCACGGAGAUGUAAUGAGCAGGUUGCAUCCGCCCAUAAGGGGUUAAAAUUCUUAGCUAGUUAGCCAAGCUCCUACUUUUUAGCUAACAUUAUCUAGCAGACUAGCCUAACUUAUAAUGCUACUAGUGGUGGUGAGGAGAGCACUUUCACCAAAUGUGAUAUUCACAUUAUGCUUUUGACUUUGCUGCUUCAAAUCAUUUGUGGAAAUCAUUUUAUGUAAAACCUGGUAUGGUAUGUACAGUGUCUACGGAAAGUAUUCACUCUGCUUAACUUUUUCUAAAUUUUGUUAUGGUUACAGCGUUAUUCCAAAAUGAAUUGCAUUCUUUUUUUCUCAGCAAUCUACACACAAUACCCAAUAAUAACAAAGGAUUUUAAUAAUUUUUUUCACAAAAACGGAAAUACCGCACAUAAGUAUUCACUCUGUUUACUCAGUACUUAGCCACCUUUGGCAGUGAUUACAUCCUUGAGAUGGUUCUACAACUUGAUUGGAGUCCACCUGUGGUAAAUCAAAUUGAUUGGACAUGAUUUUGAAAGGCACACGCCUGUCUAUAUAAGAUUCCACAGUUGAGAGUGCAUGUCGAAGGAAUUGUCCGUAGACCUCCGAGACAGGAUUGUGUCGAGGCACAGAUCUGGGGAAGGGUACAUCAAGAUUCCUACAGCAUUGAUGGUCCCGAGGAGCACAGUGGCCUCCAUCAUUUGUAAAUGGAAGAAGUUUGGAACCACCAGGACUCUUCCUAGGGCUGGCCUCCCAGCCUAACUGUGGAAUCAGGGGAGAAGGGCCUUGGUCCAGCGUUUCUCUGUGGAAAUGGGAGAACCUUCCAGAAGUUUGGCCUUUUCUGAGGGGAUGUCGUCGUGUCACCAGAGGGCAGCAGACAACAUGGUGAACGGAGCUGUACAAAAUGGUGGCUUGUAUAUUAAACUGGGUCAGGGCCUGUGUUCCUUCAACCACCUGCUGCCCCCUGAGUAUAUCCGCACUCUGCAAGUACUUGAGGACAAGGCCCUCAACAGAAGGUACAAAGAGGUAGACGCACUCUUUCAGGAAGAUUUCAACACCACACCCGGCAUGAUGUUCAAGACGUUUGACUAUGAGCCAAUAGCAGCAGCAAGCUUGGCACAAGUUCACAAAGCAGAGUUGCAUGAUGGGACUCCAGUGGCUGUGAAGGUGCAGUACAUUGACCUCAGAGACCGGUUUGAUGGUGAUAUCCGAACAUUGGAAGUUCUCUUGGAUAUUGUAAAGUUCAUGCAUCCAAGUUUUGGGUUCCGAUGGGUGUUGAAGGACCUGAAGGGAACACUGGCUCAGGAGCUGGACUUUGAAAAUGAAGGCAGAAACUCUGAACGUUGUGCGCAAGAUCUCAAACACUUUAAAUUUGUUGUUGUUCCUAAAGUGUUCUGGGAACAGACAAGUAAGAGGGUGCUGACAGCGGAGUUCUGCGAAGGCUGUAAAAUAAACAACGUAGAAGAAAUCCGGAGGCAGGGGCUGAGUUUGAAAGACACGGCCGACAAGCUGAUCCGUACCUUUGCAGAGCAGAUAUUUUACACCGGUUUCAUUCAUGCCGACCCCCAUCCCGGCAACGUGUUGGUGAGGAGAGGUCCAGAUAAAAAAGCAGAGCUGGUUCUUUUGGACCAUGGACUGUACGAACACCUCAGCAAAAGUGACAGAGCGGCUCUGUGCAAGCUGUGGCGCGCCAUCGUGCUACGAGAUGAAUCAGCGAUGAAGAAAUACUCCGGUGACCUGGGGGUCAAAGAGUACUUCCUGUUCUGCGAGAUGCUGCUGCAGCGGCCAAUCAACAUGCAGGAACUGGGUCUGUCCAACAUCCUGAGCCAGGAGGAGACGUCCCACAUGCGGGAGAUGGCCGUGCAGCACUUCGACAGCGUGAUGCAGGUGCUCAAGUCCCUGCCCAGGCCCAUGCUGUUGGUCUUCCGCAACCUCAACACGGUGCGCAGCAUUAACAUCGCCCUGGGGGCCCCCGUCGACCGGUACUUCGUCAUGGCCAAGAGUGCUGUGGGGGGCUGGGGACGGAUCCAAGCAGAAGAGUCCAGAGUACUUCCUACCCUCAGGCUGUUUAGCUGGCUUUGGACAGCAUGGGAGAGUGUCAAAUUUGAGUGUGCUUUAAGGUCAGAGAUGAUGUGGAUGAGCCUGACAAGAUCUUUGCUCCAGCUACUGUCCUACCUUGGCUUUAUAUCACUGGGUGAAGAGGUGUACCAGUACCUGCAGUGAACGAGUCUCAUUACCUCCUCAAAUGACAUGGUGCAGGCGCCUACCUGGACUGCAAAGCAAUGGUGGCAGUCAUGUGUAACACGGCCAAUUAGCUUUCACCAAAAACAUGCAAUUUGUUGUACGGAAAAUGAAUCUCGUUUUGGAUAACGGGCUUACCUGGGUUGUUCCCAUUAUCACUGAAUCAUGAGUAAAGGACCUGAUUAAAGCAAAUCUGUUCAAGUUCACUCUGGAACAUGGUAACAUCAGCUUUCAAGAAGUGAGGAGGACUGCAAUAAAAUGCAUAGUGAAUCAGAUUUAUCUGCUUUUUGUAAACCUAAAAUGUUAUACAAUAUAACUUAAUUGUGCAUUUAUAUAUACCGGACUCUUACCUUUAGCAAUGGUUUGAAACAUUUGAACGGUCUUUCAUAACCUUAUUUAAGUAGUUGGCUUAACUGCCAAGAGGAGCAAGAACCUGAUUUUAUAUAUAUUGUAAAGCAGCACUACUCAACUCCUCUUCCUGCGGGCCAGUGCCUGCAGGUAUUCACUCCCAGUGUGCGCUACACCACCUGAUUUCACUCAUUAUUUGACCUGCUUGGUUCAGAUAAGCUAAUUGGUGAAAUCAGGUGGUGUAGCAUAGUUAUAAAUGCCUACCAUUUACCAUUCACGGUUGAAGCAAUUGCCUGCAGACACUGCGGCCCGCAGGACGUGGAGUUGAGGUAUGCCUUACCUCAGGAUGUAUUGUGCAAAAAUACCCACUGGAAUGUUGGGAUACAAAUUGCAGCCAAUAAUGUUCUUGGGAUACAAAUUGCAGCCAAUAAUAUUACUAAAACUGUCUGAACAAUUGUUCAUGUGAAUUUGGCUGUGUUAGAGCAAACCUUUAUAGAAAUAAUUGUGUAGUUCAUCUGUCUCAAACUCUUGAAUUGUGAUGAAUUUAUUUUUAAAAGAUUAUUUGAAUCUCAUUUGCAUAUUGCCUGGACCAAGUAUAAUCCAUCUGAACUAAUACAAUAAUAAAAUGACUUUGUAUGAAGCUUA